AUGGCUACUCCAAAACAGGCGCGGUUGAUUUCCGAUGCAGUAGAAAACCAUCUCAAAUACAAUGACACUACAUUUGCAGCAUAUAGAAAGCUUCGACAGGAUAUUCUAGCACUAAACACGAGCAUCACAAAAGAACUAAAUGACAAUAAUGGGGAUUCUGUUCCUGAAACGGGCAGAGUAUCACCGUCAACAUUGGAAAAACUAGGUCAACUAGAUAUCGAGCUACAGAAAAUGGAACUCAUAUACAAAGCCCACAUCGACGAGCUCCAAAAUACACUACAGAUCCAAAAAGUGUUGAAGCCCGAUAUACUUAGUAGUAUAAAAGCGCAAUUGGAGUCCAUCAGUAAGCAUAACCAAGAACUAGAGGACAGAAUUAAAAACAUCAAGACAAUUGAAAAACCCUUGUGGGACAAGAUCACAAACUUAGUCGCCAGUUUCAACUCGAAUCUUGCCACUGCAACGGCGAGGUUGAUACACCCUACAAUCAUUAUGAAGAUUGGACAGGAUGAACUGAAGAGAGAAAAAGAGUCACAGCAGAUUGAUUAUAGGUCACUCGUUUUUGACAAGAAAGAGCUACAGAAAGAAUUUCUAAAAUUGACUUAUGAAAAAUUAAUUGACACCAACAUUGCCGAGUUUCUUGACUCAAACACAAGGAUCUUUGAUAAGUUUAUCGACGAUGAUUCUAAAGUUAUUUAUAAACUACCAAGGUCCGGGUUGCAUGAUCUAGACUCGACUACAACGCUUGACGAAUACGACGAAUUAAUCUCCAAGACAAUAACGCAAAUACAAGCAAUGCAAAACGAACAAGAGUCAAUCAAGACAAGCUGGCAUAAGAAUGCGGAAAAGAUAAGAAAGAUAGAUGCAAUUGUCAAUGGAAAAGAAGAUGAGGACGUUGAGAUGAGUUGA